AUGCAUGCAUGCAUGCAUGACUUGUCUGCAGUGCAGCAGCUCCAUCUACAGUCUAGAGCGCACUAUAAAUAUACUAGUUCAGCACGUAGUUGGAGAGAGCACCUGAUUUGGCCCACGGCCAUUGUCGCCAUGGACAUGGACCAACUCUGCUUGAUGGCCUUAGCCACGAUUCUCCUGACGUUUAUUCUGAGGCAGGUUCUGGGCGGUAAGGGCACAGGAGCCAGGCUUCCUCCGGGUCCAUGGAACCUCCCCGUCAUCGGCAGCCUCCACCACCUGGUCGCCACGAAGCUGCCGCCGCACCGCGCGCUGUUCCGCCUGUCGCGCCGGCACAGCCCGCUCAUGCUGCUGAGGCUCGGCGAGGUGCCCAACGUCAUCGUGUCCACCCCCGAGGCGGCGAUGCUCGUGCUCAAGACCAACGACCUCACCUUCGCGACCCGUACCAGCGGCCCCACGCUGGACGUCGUCGGCAGCGCCAGCGAGGGCAUCAUCUUCGCGCCCUACGGCGAGCACUGUGUUAGGAUUAAUCUUGUCUAGCCGAGCUGAGAGAGUCAGUUAGUUUGUUAGCUGCGUGAGGGUCGUGUGCCUAGAGUGAUUCUAGGAGGAAGAAGUGGUCAAGAUAAGAUUAGAUGGGUGCAUGUGAAGUGGCGUGAGUGGGUCAGUUUGUUAGAGAUUAGUCGGUAUGUGAUGUUAGUGGCCGAGAGUGGCUGCUGGGCAGUACGUGUGUGAGUCUAUUUAAGCAGUGUAAUCCCGUUUGGUUGAAUCAAUGAGAAGAGAGAAAAUGUAGCA